CUUCUUCUCUUUAGAGGCCGAAUCUGGUGGCUGUUAGUGCUGCAACUGUGCGGACGGUGCAAAUCCAAAGUUCCGGCGGAGAGAUUAUGGGAUUCAUCUUCGGACUGGUCAUCGGAUUCGCCGCCGGUCUCGCCAUUGUCGUCGGAUUUGUCCGAGCGGAGAAUGCUCGAUCCAAGCUUCGCUCUGAACUUGCGGCGACUGUGGCUGCUUUUGCGAGGAUGACGGUGGAGGAUUCGAGAAAGCUUUUGCCUCCUGAGUUUUAUCCUUCGUGGGUCGUCUUCUCCGAGCGUCAGAAGUUGACAUGGCUGAACCAGCAUUUGACUAAGAUCUGGCCUUAUGUUGAUGAGGCUGCAUCAGAGCUUAUAAAGGCAUCUGUGGAGCCAGUUCUCGAGCAAUAUAGACCCGUUAUAUUGGCAUCGCUAAAGUUCUCUAAGCUUACACUUGGUACUGUGGCUCCUCAAUUUACAGGAGUUCAAAUCAUCGAAGGUGGAGAAGAUGGGAUGACCAUGGAACUGGACAUGCAAUGGGAUGGAAAUCCAAGUAUAAUACUCAAUGUCAAAACCCUUGUCGGUGUAUCACUUCCUAUUCAGGUGAAAAACAUUGGGUUUACCGGUGUUUUCAGGCUGAUCUUUAAGCCACUAGUUGACGAGUUCCCCUGCUUCGGAGCCGUGUGUUUUUCCCUCAGAGAAAAGAGAAAUUUGGACUUCAAACUUAAAGUUAUUGGAGGUGAUGUUACUGCAGUUCCUGGAAUUUCUGAUGCUAUUGAGGAAACUAUACGGGAUGCUGUCGAAGACUCCAUCACAUGGCCUGUCCGGAAGGUUAUCCCGAUUUUGCCCGGUGAUUAUAGUGAUCUGGAACUAAAGCCUGUCGGAAUAUUGGAGGUGAAACUUGUGCAAGCCAAGAACUUGACCAACAAAGACAUAAUCGGGAAGUCAGACCCGUUUGCUAAGUUAUUUAUACGUCCUUUGCGAGAAAGGACUAAAAGAAGCAAGACGAUUAACAACGACCUGAAUCCGAUCUGGAACGAGCACUUUGAGUUUGUCGUGGAAGAUGCUUCCACUCAACACUUGGUGGUAAGAAUUUACGACGAUGAGGGUGUCCAAGCAUCCGAGCUAAUCGGUUGUGCCCAAGUCAGGCUUUGUGAACUUGAGCCCGGUAAAGUGAAGGAUGUGUGGUUGAAGCUCGUUAAAGAUUUGGAUAUACAGAGAGAUAACAAAUACCGAGGAGAGGUUCACCUCGAGCUUCUGUACUGCCCUUACGGAACAGAUAACGGCUACACAAAUCCAUUUGAAUCAGCAUCUAUGACUUCUUUGGAGAAAGUUCUUAAGAACGGAGCAGAUGCAACAGAUAUAACUGAGGAUGAGAAGUCACUAACUCGGAAAAGGAAAGAGGUUAUAGUAAGAGGGGUACUCAUUGUUACCGUGAUAUCGGCUGAAGACAUACCGGUUCAGGACGUGAUGGGAAAAGCUGAUCCUUAUGUCGUUCUCACAAUGAAAAAAUCCGGAGCCAAAAAUAAAACCCGGGUCGUAAAUGACAGCUUGAAUCCAGUUUGGAACCAGACUUUUGAUUUCGUAGUCGAGGAUGGGUUACACGACAUGCUAGUUCUCGAAGUUUGGGACCACGACACCUUCGGAAAGGAUUAUAUCGGGAGAUGCAUCUUGACACUGACAAGGGUCAUAAUGGAAGGUGAAUACAAGGACUGGUUCGAACUAGACGAGGCCAAAUCCGGUAAGCUGCAUUUGCAUCUCAAGUGGAUGCCCCAACCCAUCUAUCGCGACACCUAAACCGUCUUCUCGCCAUACGAAAGAUGGCAUCUUCGAGUGAUCUCGGGUUUCUUUUCGCCCUACCACUAGAGAAAUACCUGAUAAAACCUCGGUACAAAAAAACGAUUUCUUUUCCAGGUUGUACAUUCUCCUACAGGGACUUAGGUCCGAGGUAAAAAGCCUUGUUGUGUCUUGUGUUUGUGCAGCUUCAUAGAAUGUGUUUCUGUUUUUUUUUUGGUUCUCCUAAACAUGCCACUGAAAUAAAUGUCUUUCUGGAUGGUCAUUUCGGUUUUCUAUUUGGGUUUUGUUAUUUCGGUUUUAGAACAAUUAUAAUCAUCGGUUUGUUGAAUUUGA